UCCCAUCCCCGGCUGCUGCUCUAACGGUGGCAAGCCGGACGGAAACCUCAGCCUCCAUCUUGGAGCUUGAGAUAUACUCAUGUAAGCUGCCUGGCGUCCUAUCCUUCGGGGAUUUAUUUUUGCUACGCCGUGUGUUCGUGCCGCUGUGGCGAAGUUGUGAUGAAUAAAGAAAUCAUGUCACGCGUGAUGAGGAAGAGGCAGGCGGAUCCUAAGGUGGUCCAGUGCGUGUGGGCCGCCAUAGAGGUCAUUCGCAACCAGAAACAAAUCGCAAACAUGGACAGGAUCUCCAAGUACCUGAGCCGUGUGUUUGGCAUGCACCCAAAGGAGACGGCAAGACAGCUGAGCCUGGCUGUGAAGGACUGUCUGGUUGUUGAGACCCUCACUGUUGGCUGCAAGGGCUCCAAGGCCGGCAUCGAGCAGGAGGGCUACUGGCUGCCUGGAGAUGAGAUGUCACAGGAGCCGAAAGCAGAGGGAAGCAAGGACUGGGAGACGGAGAGCCAUGACUGGUACUGCUUCGAGUGUCACCUUCCAGGCGACGUCCUCCCGUGUGAUAACUGCUUCCGGGUUUACCAUCUCAAAUGUCUGUCGGAGGAGUGCAAGCCCAAAGAUGGAGGCUCCCACUGGCAGUGCGUUGUAUGCAGGGGGAGUAAAAAGAAGAUCCUGAACAAACAGGAGAUGUGUAAAUAUCUGCGCUUCAUUGUUCAGCGUAUGAAGGAGAGGGCAGUGGACAUCAACAAAAAGGGCAAAGACACUAAACAUCCCAUGUACAGACGACUGAUCCACACUGCUAUGGACGUCACCAACAUCCAAGAGAACCUGUCUGAAGGAAAAUAUAAAAACUUUGAGGAGUUCAAAGCGGACGCUCAGCUGAUUGUUCACAACAUCGCCAUCCUGUACGGAGUUCAGAGUGACCAGGCAGAGAUUGCACAGUUGCUGUUCAGUGACACAUGCCAUGAGUUAAACGAGUUGUUGUUGUGUAAGAACUGUUUCUACCUGUCGAACGCCCGACCAAACAACUGGUUCUGUUAUCCAUGUAGCCCCAGUCACGACUUAGUUUGGGCUAAGAUGAAGGGUUUCGGCUACUGGCCAGCUAAAGUCCUGCAGAGGGAGGACAAGCAGGUGGAUGUUCGCUUCUUUGGACACCAGCACCAGCGAGCCUGGAUCCCCUCAGACAACAUCCAGGACAUCAAGGUGAGCGUCCAACAGCUGCAGGUGAAACGCAGCGGCGGCUGGAAGAAGGCGUGCGAGGAGCUGGAGGUGUACCAACGCUUCCUGAGGGAGGGGCGCUUCUGGAAAACAAAGAUGGAGGACAUCCCUCCAACGCUCCAACAGAACCAAAAUCAGAACCAGCGGCAGCAGCAGGAGGAGACCAGGCUGGAGCGGACGGAUGAGGCCGAGUCCAGCAUCUCCUCCACCAGCAACGAGCAGGUCCGCCAUAUGAAAGGCAGCCAGGAGCCCAAAGCCAAGAAAAGUCGUCGAUCUCAAAAUAUUGAACUCAAAGAGGAAGCCAGUGACCCGGAGCCAGAGGUGGAAGCGGUCAGCUCCAGCCAGGAGAUCCCGGUGUCCUCGGCGCCCCAGCAGCCCGAGAAGCUGUCUGUGUCCACACAGACGAAGAAAGCCGGCGGAGGGUCGCCGCGCAUGCUGCAUCGUGGCACCCAGACCAACAGCGACGGCUCCUGCCAGAACAUGUGCCACGAAAAGUACACCAAGGUCUUCAACGACGUCAAGGAGAUGAUGAAGGCCGACAACAAAAGGGAGACGGAGAGGGUCGUCAGAGAAGCUCUGGAGAAGCUCCGAGCAGAGAUGGAGGAGGAGAAACGGCAGGCGGUGAGUAAAGCAGUGGCCGGAGUUCAGGCGGAGAUGGAGAGGAAGUGUAAGCAGGUGAAGGAGAAGUGUAAAGAGGAGCUGGUGGAGGAGGUGAAGAAACUGGUUUCUCAACACAAACAGCUCAUCUCCCAGACCAAGAAGAAGCAGUGGUGUUACAACUGUGAAGAGGAGGCCAUGUAUCACUGCUGCUGGAACACCUCGUACUGCUCCAUCAAGUGUCAGCAGGAACACUGGCACGCCGACCACAAACGAACCUGCCGCAGGAAGAGAUGAACAAGCCCCGCCCCCUUCCAACCUUGUACUACACCUGAUUGGCUGCCGGCCUUCCCUCCACCUGUCAGUCAGUGUCUACAACAAACACAUUUCUCCUUCCUGCUUCUUCGCUCGCCUUUCUGAACUGUGUGGAUCGGACGUUGUGCUGCGCGGCGAGCUGAUUUUUAUUUAAUGCAGCCAUUGUAUGAAUUUAUUUUUUCUUCCAUUUGUUAUUUUCCUCUGAAUCGUGAACAGUUUUUCUCCAGAGCAUGGCUCGAAUGCAGAGAUUAUUUGGUGUGAUUAUUUUAAUUUUUUUCCGGCUUGUCUGUUUUCUUUACUGAAGUGCUGAAUUUGUGUCAGAGAAUGUUAUUUAAGU